AUGCAGACUGCUUCUACAAACAUUUGUGAAAGACUGUGCAAUAAGUCCUUUCAUGAAAUUUCCUUGCUACUAAAUAUUCCACGAUCAAAUGUUAGUGGUAUUAUAACAAAGUGGAAGCAACUGGGAACAUCAGCAGCUCAGCCACGAAGUGGAAGGCCACGUAAAAUGACAGAGCAGGGUCAGCUUAUGCUGAAGCACACAGUGCACAAACUGUCUGCUGAGUCAAUAGCUAAAUACCUCCAAACUUCAUGUGGCCUACAGAUUAGCACAACAACAGUGCGUAGAGAGCUUAUGGAAUUGGUUUCCAUGGCUGAGCAGCAGCAUCCAAGCCAUACAUCACCAAGUGCAAAUGCAAAGUGACUUAUGCAGUGGCAUAAAGCUCGCCACCACUGGAAUC